AUGCCAAGGCGAGAGAUUUGUCUCAGAGACCAGUUCACUCGCAACUUUUCAGACAUAGACAAUUAUUUGGUUUCUGACCAUAGCCAAGGGCACGCCGCCCGCGGCUCACCUCAGAUGCUGAACCUUGCAAGUUCGCUCAUCUACCAGCAACUCUUCCAGCAAAAAGAAAAUGGGGAAAAGAUUCACGAAGGUUCUGCAGCUGAGAAAGCAGUGACUUAUGACCUCGGCGUAAAAGGCAUUCCAGAUGAUGUGGUUUGGGCGCUUUCCGCCGUCAACUUGGACCAGUACGAUGUGCCACAAUGGAAAAUUACGCUCAACAAGGGCGGCGUCAAUCUGAACAUGUCUUGGAAGCAGCCUGAUGAUGUGCCCAAAAGCGAGAUAGUAACGCCGCGGGAGGAUGAUGAGCUGAGUAAACCCAGCGUGAUCAAGAAAAUCAACUUUCCUGUUGGCAAGCUUCUCAAUACUUCUGAACCCUCCCCAGUCCCAUAUUUACAGCGAGUUCCUCAGAUGCAGUCUAUCCUAUCUUUACGCCCAGAUCAGUUCCACAGAGUGGCGUCUUCGCACGAUCAAAGGUGUUCCGUCAUCACAUCAUCCUCGGUUGAAAAUGGCGCAGAGGAUGCGCAUCAUUCUGGCGAGCCCAUAAAAGCGAACUCGGUUGAGUCUCCACCUCAAAGGGAGAAAUCCGACGAGGAACUAGAACACCACUCAAACGAAAUGAAAACUGAAGCUAUGGAUGUUGAUAAGAAUACCGCCGGCCUCAUUGGAAACAAGCGCUACUUAUCCGCCGAAGCAUCGGACAUUUCUGGCAACGACGAGCUCCAAAUCGACGAGUCUGAAGGCGACAUUGAUGUUACUGAUGGCGAUGCUCCCAAUCGAAACGAAUGGGCCAACCAAGAAGAGCCUCCAAGAAGAAAAAGCCCGAUUGAAAUGCUUUUGGAACAUCGGGCGCAGCAAAUCCAGUCAGCUCAGGGAUCCCAAGCAGCUGUCGGUCAAAAUGGCCAGACUCCCCCUGCAUUCCAAGCCAUGGGACUACAGGGACUUUAUGGAAAUCCACUAUUCCAUCAAAACUUGCGGAACCAAGUCCUUCAAAACCGUGGGCUCACACCCCAAACAUUACCCCUUCUUCUCCCCAACACAGCCAAUGGAGUAAUGAGCUCCUCCCCAAAGCCGAACCCGUUUCUCACAACAAACUCCCUGGAUGCCCUCAAAAACGUCCAGCGAUCUGCGAUGAUCUCCCCGGUUGGGCGAUCUCCUGUUCCCGGAAUGAAUGUCAACCAAAAUCGAGCUCCCUCUGAUGGAAAAGGAUCGAAAGACAAGGGGCCCUUUGCUUGCUCUCUUUGCGGAAGAACAUUCAGUCUUCGCGGAAACCUCCUUCGACACGAGAGGAUCCACCGCGGUGACAAACCCUUCCGAUGCAGAUUUUGCAACAAAGCCUUCAUCCAGCGAACGGACGUCAUGGCUCACGAGCGAGUUCACACGGGAGAAAAGCCAUUCGCUUGCCAAUAUUGCGGAAAACGCUUCCCAAGACGCUCAACGAUGAAAGAACACGAGAAGUCCUUUUGCCGCGCGCGGUCCAACUCCUUUGAUGGCAAGAAAGAAAACGGAAUGGAGCUUGGCAACGAGGAGACUCAUUGCUGCACCGAUUCUGACGAGAAAGAGUCGAGGCUCCCAUUCCCCGACAAAGCCCUCGCAAACUCCUCUGGCACCAGCUCUGGAAACUCGAGCGAAGGCAACUGCUCUAAAACCCCUUCACCGGAGCACCCGUCGCAAAUGUCCGAAUCGAAGAUACCCGACGCCUCCGAUUUCUCCGUCAACGCCGUAGUCGCCCAAUGA